CUGUCUCUCUCUCUCACACUCACACACACCUGGCACUAGUAGGUCGCGCGAGCCGUUGGGUGGAGCAGCAGCAGCGUCGCGUGCUGCGGAACCCAGUCAGCGGGUCGUUAAACAGCGCGCGCGGUUUGGUAGCAGAUGCGGGUCGCGGACGAGUGUGCGCGAGAGGCGAGGGGGGGAAAUGGCGAACGGACGGCGGUGCGCUUCCUCGUGAGGAGACAGUAGACACCGGGAAAACCGGGGGACAGGCAGCUCGAGGACAGGGAGACGGGAGAAGCAGACAUGGAGGACUCGGAGCCCGCAGAGGACGGCUUGCUCGCGGGCUUGCGGUGGAACCGGAGCGCACGAGACCAGGCUCAGCUCAGACACAAAAUCCGGGACCUGCCGGGGCUGCUCAAGCACGGGCUGCACCUGCGGAAGAAGAGCCAGUCACCUGACACUAUCCCUGGACCGAGUACCGGACCAACAGUACACAAGUCUUGCUCCCAGAGUUUUCCAUGUGCCGGUCGGGCUGUGAGGAAUGCCUUCCUCUCUCAUGGACCAUACCCAGCUAAAGACAAGAUACACCUGGCCAGAAUCAUAAGGCGUAGCUAUGUGGGCGUGGAACUGGUGCAGUGGUUGUGCGAGCAGUGUGUGUACGUGCGCUGUCGGACUACUGCUGUGCGUGUCUGGCAGGUGCUGCUGGAGCUUGGAGUCCUGCUGUCUGUGGAUCAGCGGGUGGUGUUCUCGGACUCAAACUCAUACUACCAAUUCAGCUUCGAGGAGUGUGAUUCCGCCUCUUGUGAUUUUCGCUCCAAUGAGGGGGAGUGGCCAGAAGCUGUCAGGCUCCUCCUACAACUUGCCCCGUAUGUCCAAUUUCGCUCUGGAGGCGGGGCCAAUAGCCCGUCAGAGGAAGACUCUGAAGGCAACAGGGACAUCUGCAGUGAGAUUCUCCAGAUGAAAGCUCUUGAGAGGCUCACAUCCACGGUACAAAGUGAGUUGGCAGCUGCUCUUGCCCGAAAGACUCGCAAAGCUUUAUCAGAGCAGGACUCUGAGACGACAGAGACAAACCAACAGGAACCUCGCACACCCAGUGAGGAGAGCAGCCCGCUGGGCGGGAUGUGUGCAUUGCGGGAAGGUGGCAGCAGUGGCAGCGGCAGCGGAGGUAUGGGGUCUGUAUGCGGACGCGAGGAGCUGACCAGUCGGCUCGGGCUGGAGGCCGUUCAGCGUCUGGCCAAGGAUGGCUGUCGACUGCUGCAGAACCACAACUACCGGCUGCCCGACAGGAACCAGCCUGAGGCACUGGGACGAGUCUGUCUGAAGGAGCGAGGUCGGGACGUGUUGGUGUUGCGAAGAGUGACCUCUACAGUGACGUCUCCAUCGGACCGGCCCUCACCCACAUUGUCAGGGGGCAGUUCCAGGGAGGAGGAUUGCGACAAGAGGUAUGUGGUGGUUUCGGGAACACCACUCAAAAUCUUGGAGCACCUACUAAGCGACCUACGGUUGGAUGACCAAAGAGGGGUUUCGGAGAGCAGAGAGAGCGAAAUGUUGCUGGAUGACUUCCUGUUGACCUACCUGGUCUUCAUGUCCACCAGUGACCUCUGUCAGGCCCUUCUGGGACAUUAUAGCAGUGUCCGCUGCAGGGGUCAGGAGGAGGGCAAGGACGCUCUCUUCAGGAAACGUAAGGUACUGCAGCUGGUGUCCCACUGGAGCAGGCUUUACAAGGACUUCCUCAAGGAUGAGGAGCACGUCAGGAGCUUUAUGAAGACUCUGUACAGGUGUGUUUUAGAAGAUCUGUAUGAGUUCCCUACCCUGGAGAAAGAUCUGAAGGAGUUCCAGAAACUCCUGCGUCGGAGACACACUGUGGAUGACUGUCCUCCCAACCAAAAGAGUAAACAAAUGUAUCAACAGCUGAGUUUGAAGGAAAACAGUUUGCACCUCAGAAGUCAGCAGACCGACACCAGAGAGGUCAUCUGUUGCGUGUACGUGAGCGCUGACUCCUACUUGAGUGUCCACACACACCCGUCACUGGAGGCCCAUGAGCUGCUGAGGAUCAUUGGUCAGAAGAUGGACAGAGCAGAAGAGGACAUGCUGCUAGCAGUGGUUUCACACACCGGAGAGCGGAGGGUGUUACAGCCCAGUGACUGUGUGUAUUCAGAGUCUCUGACCCCCCAGGGAAAGCUUGUGGCCUGUCGCAGGGAUCUCACUGAGAUCUUGCCUCCUUUAACAGACAGUGGGGAGCUCAGCAGGAGGCCCGUACGACUCUUAGGCAUCAACACCUGGGACGUGGCGGCUGCUCUAACACAUCUGGACUGGAGCCUUUUCAAAUCCAUCCAUGAGCAGGAGCUGGUGUACUACACCCUCAGCCGUGCUCCUGGUUCCGGCCACACGACAGCGCUCUCACUCCUUCUCCAGCGCUGCAACGAGGUCCAGCAGUGGGUCAUGUCCGAGGUGCUCAUGUGCGUCUCUCUAAACAAGAGAGUGCAGCUGCUGAAGAAGUUUAUCAAGAUCGCUGCUCAUUGCAAAGCCCAAAGAAAUUUGAACUCUGCAUUUGCCAUCAUCAUGGGUCUCAACACAGCAGCUGUCAGUAGACUCAACCAAACCUGGGAGAAAUGUCCGGGGAAGUUCAAGAAGCUUUUCUCAGAGUUGGAGCUCAUCACGGAUCCGUCUCUGAACCACAAAGCCUACAGGGAAGCCUUCAAGAGGAUGAAACCUCCCAAGAUCCCUUUCAUGCCUCUUCUCCUGAAAGAUAUAACCUUUAUCCACGAGGGAAAUAAGACGUUCCAUGACAACUUGGUCAACUUUGAGAAGCUGCAUAUGAUCGCAGACACAGUGAGGAUGAUUCGCCACUGCCAGAGCGACCAACCAGGCAACGAGGUAAUCGGGGUGGACAGUGCGGAGGUGAGGGCGAGUGUUAACUACCUGCACAUCAUCGACAAUCAGCAGACUCUUUUUGAGCUGUCACACAAACUGGAGCCACGCGCUUAGACACACAAACCCACUGGACACAGCGCAAUGGAAAUCCUAGUGUCUGUGACUUGGAGGACACUGUACAACACAAUGUCACAUACUCACGCACACACACUGCUGCCAAGUGGUGAAACCCACAAAGACACAGAGCUGCACUCGGCUUUAAACACUGGAUAUGUGCUUUUAAAGUGUUUUUAAAGUCUAUUGGAAGAGAGUCUGUGUAGAAGCUCAGAGAUCUACCAAACUGAGAGAGACGGUAAAGGAGGCUGUAAUUAGUUUGUACAGUAUCUAUUGGACUGAAUACGCCCUUGGUUUUGUUCUUGUGAUGAGCUUUUGGUUAUUUAUGAGCCUGUCCGGCAGGUAGAACGUUUCCUUUAAUUCUGUCAAUGUCUCGUCAGUUUCCUCUGGAGGUCAAAUAGGACGCGAGAACCAUCAUUUCAGUCACAAACGCUCUGUGGUUAUAACCUGACGGUGUCGUAUUAUUUAAUCUGCAUACCACAUAUCUGCCUCUUGAUGCAUAUAUGUGCAGGAUACAUGCUUUAGUUAUGUAGGUGUAGGUUCAGUUAUUGUACUGUAGCAUAUUAUUCAACACGUUUUUUAACUUUUUCUCACUGAAGUUCUGUAUUUUGACUAAAAACGUGCAGCCUCAGUGACAAAAGGUGCAACAUUAACGGUGUGUCAUUCCUGGCAUGUGAACAGAGCGUUUUGAGAGGUUUCCUCUGUCCGACUCGUGAGCUUUGAAACACUGAAGCUCUCCUGAGCGUGUCACAAACACUGUUGUUAAAUACUGAAGAGUUAUUUCAUUGUAAAGUCUUGGUUGACUUUUAGCCAAACACUCCUCGUGCUCUCUUCUCGAUGAUGUUUUUUUUCUGUGAAUAGAUACUUAUUAUUUUACAUUGUAUAUAAUAUGGACCUAUACAUUUUUCAGUGCCAAAUGUCACGUUGAGUCCUGUAGCACAGACGUGAUGUGGAAAUCUUGGUUUUAUUUUCUAUUUUUAAUCACAGAUUUGUUUCUUUUUGAAAGAGUUCUCAAAUGACGUCUGGUCCUUGAUCAUGAGAAGCAGAUCUGACUCCUUGUAGAGAUGCUUUCUGACAUUAUGAUGACUGAUUUUCUAGUUAUAUACGAUGUUAUUCCUCUCAUCAUGGGUUGCUAUGGAAAUACAGCCCCAGUAGUUUUUCCCUUUCUUUUUAAAUCCUUGAGUUAAAGUCAAAGCACUGCACCACAGUUAAAAAAAUUGCUUUAUUCCACAAAAUCUUGUUCAUGAGCGGAUUUGAACCUUUUAUUAUUUGUUCUUAAUGACUGAAAAGAUUACUUCAUUCCGAAGAGAUCACAUGUAAACGGUCUGAAAAGAAACACAGGUUGUGGACAUAACAGAUUAAGCACAAGUGCACAUACUUUCUCCCUUAUAGUAAGAAUGUCUGGUGGGAGUUUUACAGCUUUGUUUCCUCCAUUGAUUUUUCAAAACUUCUAAUUUUGUUCUUAUAAUUCUAAAUAAAUAUUGGGGAGAAUAAAUUCUCAUUUCUCAAUCCAGAUAGUUCUCAUAUUCUGGCAACGUAUUCCUGUUGACACAUCCACGACUCGUGAAAAGCUUCUAUUUGUCAUUCAAAUCCCAGAGGAACCAGUUUGACGUGUAAAUGGAAUUCUAACCCUGGGUCACUGUCAUCAUCAGAACCAAAAUGCAGCAGGAGAUGAGGGGAAUUAUUAAGAAAUGAUAUAUGAUAGAUGAUGAUCCAUUCAAAUCCAGACCUCACUUGUGUUUGUAUUCUUUUGUUCUCGCCCUGCGUCUGUUCAUGCACUCACUUCAGUGGUGCGUUUCUGCUGAGUAGGAGGAACCAUCCGAGGUUGAGAUUCCUAAAUGUAACUUACGUAGUGAUGCAUGUCUUGCAUUGUUUAGAUAGCUAUGAAGCAUGGGGGUAAAGUGCAAUACAGUAGAAAUGUUUGUUGCCACAAGUGUUCAUCAUCACCAUCAUUUCAAAACGAAGCCUUGUUCAAAACACAGAGCUGCUCUCUCUUGCAGACCAUGAUGAUUCAGCUGGGUCAAGGAAGAUCUGAAUUUCUUUGAUUCAAGAAUCAAUCCAGAUUUUGAUGCUGAUCUGCAUCAAAGUGCACACAAAUCCCCUCAACAUGUCCGUUUAAAAAAAAUCAAGAUCCAUGAAUUAGUCUCUGUGAAAUCAAUUGAAAUGUUAAAAAAUGCCCUUUAUCACAGUACAAAGGAACGUCAAAAAGAAAUCCUGGAUCUGCCCCCUGAUGUGGAACCAAAAUUUAACGGGCCUCACCUCAUCAAUCCACCAAGUUUUGUGGUAAUCAUUCCACUAGUUUUUGGGUUAGCAACAAAACUCCAGCUUGUGCUAACUUCGGCAACAAUUGGGCUUUAUUCAGCUUUUUAAUUGUGAGAGGAAAACUUUUCUUCAGAUACUUUUUGUGAAACCAAGUCAGUGAUUACGUGACUGAGAGAGCUGAUAAGAGAGCUGUGGUUAGUUCGUAUUCAGUGUCAUAGAGAGGCCUUGUGGUCGUCAUAUUUACAAUUAACCAUGAUACACACACACGUGCACAUGCACACCUCUGCUCCACCUCGUCCACGGAGCAGAAUACUUGUGCUGUAUGAAUUAUUUAUUGUAAUAUAUUGUUUAUUUAUGUAUUUUAAAGGUGACAAAAUAUUUGGGUUCAUGUGCCAGAGGUUUAACACUUGCACACAUGAGAAGAAAAAGAUGUUGGUGGGUUUGAAGCUGCACUGCUAUGUCAAAGUAUGUGUUGUGUUUUAUGGCCACUUGAGGGCAGCAGAGGAGCAAGUGGUGUGAUGACGCUUGAGAAAAUCACAGGCGGUUGUGUUCAGUAUUUUAUCAUUGUCAUAACUGUGUAAAGGUUUUUUUAUAACAAUGUUCAAAUUCUGUUUGCAUGUUAAUAGAAAAACAAAGUUCACAAUGCAAGACAGGACACAUUGAAGGCUUUGUACUAUUGUUAUAUUGUUGAUGUGUAAAUAUAGGCUUACUGUUGUUAUGUUCUUAUUAUUUAUCUGUUGUAAAUGGAACAAAAAAGAGUCGACCAUGAAGCAAUACGUCUCCCCCUCGUGAGCCCUCAACCUUCAGAUAGCUGGAGCUACACGUCUUUUCUAAAGCUGCGUUUUACUAUGUGAACAUUUUACUGAAAAUGAAUAAACUAUAGGUUUUAUGUGA